AUGCGCCGCCGCGGCCGCGGCGCCACAGUGAUCCCCUGGGCUGCUGCGGCCCUUUUUUCGCGCGCCCGCGCCUCCGCGGCGGCGCCGCCUGGCCAGUCGGAUCAGCUGGGCAGCCCCAGCGCGUUGGACCAGUCCGAUGCGCCGGAGCAGCCAGACCUGCGGGGCCGGCCCGAUCCGCUGGGCCAGCCCGACCUGCUGCACCGGCCCGACGUGCUGGACCGGUCCGAUCCGCUGGGCAGGUCCGACCCGCCAGGCGAGUCCCAGCCGCCGGGCCUGGCCGACGUGCUGCGGGCCCUGGACCGCGCGCAGCGCGCGGAGCGCGAGCAGCAGGCCGCCGCCCUGCGCCUCAGGCGGCAGGCCCGCGAGCAGCGGGAGCUCAUCCUGCGCUUCAGGCGGCAGGUUGAGCGCCUCCGCGCUGGGAGUGCCGCGGAGCCCGCGGCGGCGGCGGCGCAGAGGCGCGCGGACGCCGCGCCGCCGCCGGUCGAGCGGACGGAGGACCAUGGUAUCUGUGCAGACACCGACGACGGAGCUGCAGAUAAUUCUGGUGCUGGUUGUGUAAACUAUACGAAUUCCUCACUCUGGUGUUCUAGCUACGACGAUUCUGACUUUACAUCUUUGGACAUGUGCUGUGCAUGUGGCGGGGGAGGGAGCAAGACUGGAAGCAACGCCACAUCCCUGCCACCGACACCCUCGCCGGUGCACAUGUGGGCAGCUGUCAGCGGUGAGUGCACGUUGGGCGGCUCUUGCGUCGAAAGUCCGAACUACCCACAGAAUUACGGCGUGAACCAGGAGUGCACUGUGGAGAUCGAUUUUGGGUCAGCGGCACCUAUCCACGUGGAGAGCUUCAAUACGGAGUCCGGCUGCGGAUUUCGAUUACCUCACCGUCAACGGAGUAGAGUAUUCUGGAAGUGCUGGUCCAAGUGGCAUCACACCAUCAACGAGCUUAGGUUGGACCUCCGACUCCUAUGCAACCCAGAGUGGCUGGAGGUUGUGCGCAGGCUCUCCACCGUCGACGCCUGCGCCACCGACGCCUGCGCCACCGACGCAUGCGCCAAUGCCAAUCGCUCCACCGACACCUCCGCCACCGACGCCUGCCCCACCACCGACAGCAGUCUCACCAGCACCCGCGCCACCAGUACCCGCACUGGUGCACAUGUGGGCAGCAGUCAGCGGCGCGUGCGCGAGAGACGGCUCUUGCGUGGAGAGCCCCAACUACCCGCAGGAUUACGGCGUGGAUCAGGAGUGCACCGUGGAGAUCGAUUUGGGAUCAGCGGCACCUAUCCUCGUGGAGAGCUUCAAUACGGAGUCGUUUUUCGACUACCUCAUUGUCAACGGAGUGGAGUAUUCUGGAGGCAUCGGUCCCAGCGGCAUCACACCAUCAACGAGUAUUGUUUGGUCUUCUGA